AGAGAAAGUCAGAUACUUUAGAUGGGCCGAAAAUUGGGGCCCACAUCCCAGCCACGGAUUUUGCCCCUAUAUAAAGCCUCUUUCGCUUCAUGCAAAUCUCGCUCACUUCACAUUUGUUGUUUCACGUUUUCUUAGCAAUUUCCAUAACAGCCGCUAGGUUUCCGUCCUCCACUUCUCUUCCUUCUUCUCCAUUUUCCAAUUACUGUAUGGUGUUUUCCUUCCUAUUCUAGAUUUGUUUUGGCUUAAAUUCCUGUUACUUUUAACCUUUUUCUUUGUUUAAUUAAAGAAAUUAGCUUCUUCUGAAGUCAGGGUGGGGAUUUUUGGAUCGUGUAAGAGUGUGUUAGAGGGUGAUUAUCUUUUGAUUAAGUCAUUUUUUUGCUUCUUUUGAGGGGGUAGCCGGGGCCUCGUGCCUCGGCGGGUUUUAAUAGCCCCCAUCUAUUACAACAUUGGGAAAAAAAUAGCGAAAUUUAAUCUGUAUAAACAAUUUGAUUUAGUUUCCUUCUUUUCAUUUUGAUCUCUCUUUCUCUGUAUUGUAUUCUUUUGAUUCUUUCUUUUUCCUAAAAGAAAUCGAAAACAGAUCGGGGAAGAGAUGCCGGCCUUAGGUUGUUGUGUAGACGCUACUGUUUCACCUCCUCUCGGCUAUGCCUUCUCUUCGGAUAGCUCUCUUCCCACGCCGGAAUUCUUUUCCUCCGGCGUACCUCCGAUGACAAACGCCGCCGCCGGUCAUUCCCAUUGGUCACCGGAUCUGUCCUCUGCUCUUUACCGGGUUGAUGGGUGGGGUGCUCCUUAUUUCUCUGUUAACUCCUCCGGUGAUAUCUCCGUCCGGCCACAUGGUACGGAUACUCUUCCUCACCAGGAGAUUGACCUUCUUAAGGUUGCGAAGAAGGCGGCUGACCCGAAACAUUUGGGUGGGCUUGGACUUCAGAUGCCUCUUGUUGUUCGUUUCCCUGAUAUUCUGAAGAACCGUUUGGAGACUUUGCAAUCGGCUUUUGAUAUGGCGGUUCGUUCCAGGGGAUAUGAGGCUCAUUACCAAGGUGUUUAUCCUGUGAAAUGUAAUCAAGACAGGUUCGUGGUGGAAGAUAUCGUGAAAUUCGGAUCGCCAUAUCGAUUCGGGUUGGAAGCCGGGUCGAAACCGGAGCUCCUUUUGGCCAUGAACUGUCUGUCCAAGGGCAGCGCUGAUGCUCUUCUUGUUUGCAAUGGUUUCAAGGAUACUGAGUAUAUUUCGCUUGCUUUGAUCGCAAGAAAGCUCCUUUUGAACACUGUAAUUGUGCUUGAACAAGAGGAGGAGCUUGACCUGGUGAUUGAUAUCAGCCGUAAGAUGGCUGUCCGGCCCGUAAUUGGACUUCGUGCUAAGCUGAGGACCAAGCAUUCGGGCCAUUUUGGAUCCACUUCUGGAGAAAAGGGCAAAUUUGGGUUGACAACAACUCAGAUUCUUCGUGUAGUGAAGAAGUUGGAGGGGUCUGGAAUGCUUGAUUGUCUUCAGUUAUUGCAUUUUCACAUUGGAUCUCAGAUCCCAACAACGGAGUUGCUUGCUGAUGGUGUUGGUGAGGCCACUCAGAUUUACUCUGAGUUAGUCCGUCUUGGAGCUGGUAUGAAAUUCAUUGAUAUUGGAGGUGGCCUUGGAAUUGACUAUGACGGUUCGAAAUCAUCCGAUUCGGAUGUCUCUGUUGCCUAUGGCAUUGAGGAAUAUGCCUCUGCUGUUGUCCAGGCUGUCCAAUUUGUCUGUGACCGUAAGGGCGUUAAGCAUCCAGUGAUUUGCAGCGAAAGUGGCAGGGCAAUUGUUUCUCACCAUUCAAUUAUGAUUUUUGAAGCUGUGUCUGCUUCUACUACUAAUGUUUCUCCACAGCUGUCUUCCGGUGGUCUUCAAUCACUGGCGGAAACUCUCAAUGAAGAUGCCCGUGCUGAUUACCGAAACCUAUCUGCUGCUGCUGUCCGUGGCGAAUAUGAUACAUGUCUCCUUUACUCUGAUCAGUUGAAACAGAGAUGUGUGGAACAGUUCAAAGAUGGUUCCUUGGAUAUUGAACAGCUUGCUGCAGUGGAUAGCAUCUGUGACUUGGUGUCGAAAGCUAUCGGGGUUUCUGAUCCUGUUCGCGCUUACCAUGUGAAUCUGUCAGUUUUCACCUCAAUUCCUGAUUUUUGGGCAUUUGGCCAAUUGUUUCCGAUCGUUCCAAUUCAUCGUUUGGAUGAAAAGCCUACAAUGAGAGGAAUACUGUCGGACCUGACCUGUGACAGUGAUGGGAAGGUAGACAAGUUCAUUGGGGGCGAAUCAAGCUUGCCACUCCAUGAUUUGGGAAGCAAUGGUGGUGAUGGUGGGCGGUAUUAUCUGGGGAUGUUUUUGGGUGGGGCUUAUGAGGAGGCGCUCGGAGGGCUCCACAACCUGUUUGGUGGACCAAGCGUCGUGCGUGUGUUGCAGAGCGAUAGCCCUCACAGCUUCGCUGUGACUCGCUCUGUCCCUGGCCCGUCCUGUGCUGACGUGCUCCGGGCGAUGCAGUUCGAGCCUGAACUCAUGUUCGAGACUCUCAAGCACCGUGCAGAGGAAUCCUUUGAUCAAGAAGAAGAAAUAGAAGAUAAAGGCCUGGCCUUUGAAUCUUUAAUCAGCGGCUUAGCUCAGUCCUUCCACAACAUGCCUUACCUUGUGGCACCUUCGUCUUGCUGCUUCACCGCAGCAACCGCGAAAGGUGGGAGCUAUUACUACUACAAUGAAGACAAUGCUGCUGAUUGUGCAACAGCGGAGGAUGAGAUUUGGUCCUAUUGCACUGCUUGAACUGUCUCGUAACAUCUCCAGUUUGUCUUAGUUUGUCGUCGAGGUCGUCAGUUUUUUUUUUUUGAAUAAAUUCCCCUUAGUUGGUGGUGUUACAUUUCUUUGUUUUUAGUUUCUUGUUUUUAAAUGAUGCAGUAGAAAGACUGUACAUGUCAUCUCUAUUGCAUUUAGCUUGUGUUAUUGUUGUUUUAAGAGGAAGAGUUGUGGGUACAUAGACCAAAUCAAUUUGAUGUAUGAUUUGGCCUCUUCCUAUGUAUUCUCCUCCUAUUAUGUAAUGCAUUUUGUUUUAGUA